AUGAAGCUCAGUCCAACAUGGGAGGUCCGCGCCGCUGCCGGCGAGCCUACGGCAACGAUCCACCUGCAGAACCUGUCGACGACCAUAACCGGCCCCCAAGACGCGUGGGGUCGCCAGGCCCGCCCGCAGCCGUGCCUGACGUCGGUAGAGGUCAACAUGUCCCGGGCCUUUCGCGACUCGUCCUCGGGAGACUCCGUAGCCUCCGACACGGUCCACUACGGCCUGCUGGCCAAGGAGGUCCAGCGCGUCCUGGCGGCCAUAAGCGACGGGUCCUUUACCUCCUCCUCCUCCUCCUCCUCCAGCGGCGGCGGCAGUGUCAGCGGCCCCCUCCCGGGUGGCAUCAGGACCCUCAAGAAGACCGUCGCUCAACUCGUGUACCGUCUCGUCGGGGUGGACCUGCUCCUCGGCAGGGAUGUUGAUGUCCGGACCGCCGCCACAGAUGAGAACGUCUUCAUCACCGCCCCCGACCUCAGCUCCAUCCACGUCACCGUCCAUCUGCCCAAGGCGUCUCUCCUGGGGGACGGGGCGAGCGUCACCGGGUCGGCCGUCCUCGGACCUGCGUCGCUGGAGGGGGGGGAGGGGAGUCGCCCGCCUCUCAGGGCUGUGACCCUCAAGAUUCACAAUAUCAGGGUGCCUACGCUCAUAGGGGUCAAUGACAAUGAAAGGAAGGCUGAGCAGAUGGUUGUUGCCAACCUAGAGGUCGGGAGGUGGAUCGGCGUCCCUGAUGCCUACACAGAGUUGGAAUCUAUUCUGUCAAAGACUAUGCGAGACUCGUCCUACGAGACUCUCGAGGCCCUCGCUGAAAGGAUAUGCGCCGACAUCUCUCAGCACCUACACGAGUACUACGCUGUCCCGGAUACGAAGGGGUGGAGGCUGAAGAUCAGCCUGGAGAAGCCCAUCGCCGUGCCCAUGGCCGAUGCUCCGCGAAUCGAGCUGAGCGUUGAUAGCUGUGAUUUGGGCGGCAGCAAGUAG